AUGGACGUGUUCAUGAAGGGCCUGUCCAUGGCCAAGGAGGGCGUCGUGGCCGCCGCGGAGAAAACCAAGCAGGGGGUCACGGAGGCGGCGGAGAAGACCAAGGAGGGCGUCCUCUACGUCGGAAACAAGACCAGAGAAGGGGUGGUACAAGGAGUCACCUCAGUGGCUGAGAAAACCAAGGAGCAGGCAUCACAUCUGGGAGGAGCUAUGUUCUCUGGGGCUGGGAACAUUGCGGCAGCCACAGGCCUGAUGAAGAAGGAGGAAUUCCCCACUGAUCUGAAGCCUGAGGAAGUGGCCCAGGAAGCUGCUGAGGAGCCGCUGAUAGAGCCCCUGAUGGAGCCAGAAGGAGAGAGCUAUGAGGACUCGCCCCAGGAGGAGUAUCAGGAGUAUGAGCCAGAGGCCUAA